AUCCAAUCUCCUUAAAAAAGUUAACGCCUUUUAUGUUUCUUCGUCUUUCAGAUUCUCCACUAAUUCUCCCUCUCUCACCAAAUCUCCUCUCCUGCUUUCUCCCCCUUUUCUUUUCAGUGCUUUUGCUUUGCACCUCAGUCAUCCAUCCUUUCUGCAUUCAGUAGAGUCACUGAAUAAGGUCUCUUUCUGGGUCUGUUUUCAAUCUCAAUAAUUGGGUUUAGGAUCGAAUAACUGAGCCCCAUGACGCAAGGUGAAAGUGUAUUUAAUCCUGGAGGGGAGAUUCAGAUAAGUUUUGGCUAUCAAUGCAAUAGCCUCAAAGGUAGUACUUGCCGCAUUUUCAAUGGGUGCGAAAUCCUUCCGGGAAGCAAACUGCCAAGGACAAGCAGUUUCUCUUGUCUGUCUGGUGCUGCCUUAAGUGCAAAUGCCACGUUGGCCAACACCAAUAUCUGCCAUGGUCUGAUAGGAGAAGAGAUUCUUCCUAGCCUGGACUCUCCUAAUUCCUUUCGUAAGGUUCCAUCUUCUCCAAGGUUGGAUAUAUUAUCAUCUUCUCUCCAAAGCAGCCUUUCAAACUUAAGUUGCAGCCCACCAAGUGCAAAUGAUCCAACUGAAUGUGAUUCUUAUUCAUUAAGAUCCAUGAGCGCUCCUUCUAGAUGUGAUAGUUUCCUUAAUGCUAUGGAAGUGCAAGUGGCAGGUGGAGCUGCUGGGGAAGACAGGGUUCAAGCUGUUUGUUCUGAAGAAAAUGGAUGGCUCUUCUGUGCAAUUUAUGAUGGCUUCAAUGGAAGAGACGCAGCUGACUUUCUGGCUGGGACAUUUUAUGAAACUAUUAUCUUUUACCUUAAUUUGCUGGAUUGGGAAAAGAAGCAGGAUGGCACUAGGGCAUCUAGUCUUGGUUUGGAUGCAGGUGAAUCUCUCCAAUAUAUUCUUGAUGAUUGUAAUGCCUGUAAUGAAGUGGGAAUUCCUUCUGAUUCAUUUAGGCAGGGGGUGCUUGAUAGCCUCCAACGUGCUCUAAAUCAGGCAGAGAAUGAUUUCUUGUACAUGGUGGAGCAGGAAAUGGAGGAUCGCCCUGAUUUAGUUUCCAUAGGGUCUUGUGUUUUGGUUAUGGUUCUUCAUGGAAAAGAUCUUUAUAUGCUCAAUCUAGGUGACAGUCGAGCUGUGUUAGCAACAUAUGGGGGAGAUAUUGAAACAGGUGGGAAGGAGAGAUUGGAAGCUGUUCAACUUACUGAUAUUCACACUGUUGAUAAUGAAGUUGAAAGAACUAGACUCUUGCAUGAUCAUCCUGAUGACUCUACAAGCAUUAUAGGUGGGAAAGUGAAAGGAAAAUUGAAGGUUACCCGUGCUUUUGGAGUUGGUUACUUGAAAAAGAAAAAUCUGAACGAUGCACUGAUGGGUAUUCUUCAAGUUCGUAAUCUCAUUAGCCCUCCAUAUGUUUCUAUUGAGCCAUCACUGAAAUUGCACAGGAUCUCAAAAUCUGAUCACUUUGUUAUAGCUGGGAGUGAUGGCUUAUUCGACUUUUUCAGCAAUGAAGAGGCUGUGAAGCUUGUCCGUUCUUACAUCUUGAGCAACCCUUCAGGUGAUCCAGCAAAAUUUCUAGUGGAGCAGCUUGUGAUUAGAGCAGCCCAUGCUGCAGGUUUCAGUAAGGAAGAACUGAUGAACAUUCCGGCUGGAAGGAGGAGGAAAUAUCAUGAUGAUGUUACUGUAAUUGUGAUUAUUCUUGGAACCAAUCAGCGCACUUCUAAGGCAUCAACUUGUGCCUGAGUCUUAUGUUGCUGCUUUCUUCUCUGCAGUAGCACCUAUAUUUUUCAAUUGUACAUAAUAGCUUAUUCAGAAACUUACUCUAUAUUUCUACAAACUAAUUUUUCUUUGGCACACAAAUUAGCAUGAGAGUGCCUUAAUUGUAAAUAAGUGAUAAACCUCAUUUUUUCCUUGGAUGAAAAUUCCAAGUUAAGAAUAUCUGUGGGAAAAUAAUCGUUGGCAAUUAGU